UUCCUCUACAUCCUCGAGACGUUCACGUCCCUCCGUCCCGCCCUCCUCCUCUAUUUCUCCACCUAUCCCAUAGACUUCUAGACAUGCCUUACGCUGCUGGUGACGCUGGUAAGGGAGCCGGUCUCUUCAAGACUCGCUGCGCUCAGUGCCACACCGUCGGUGCUGGUGAGCCGAACAAGGUCGGCCCCAACCUUCACGGCCUCUUCGGUCGCAAGACUGGUCAGGUUGAGGGCUUCAGCUAUACUGCUGCCAACGUCAACAAGGGUGUGACCUGGAGUGAAGAGACCCUCUUUGAGUACCUCGAGAACCCCAAGAAGUACAUCCCCGGAACCAAAAUGGCCUUUGCUGGUCUCAAGAAGGAGAAGGACCGUAACGACCUCAUUACCUGGUUGAAGGAAUCGACCGCCUAAUUUAUCAUGUCUUUUCUCUUAGACGACCCACCUCAUACACGGACUAUUCUACGGAUCUUUGUCUGGUCUUAGUGAUAUAGACGACCACUUGCGCACCUCCACCUCCACUCAUCCAUCACCUACACACUAUUUACUUGCAGUAUACGUCUUAUGGAUUAGGCCAGUAAUCAUGUCCGUUGCCGUUUCCUUGGGUUUGUCUAGCGCGAUCACAAUGAGAUACCC